GCCCAGUCCAGAUCCGGAAAGUCUUGGCUGUCAGAACCCCCAUCGCUUCGCCCAUCGCUUCAAUCAACUUCCAACUACUUCAUCAGCUUCAUUUCGUUUCCCAUCCUCCGCCUUUGCCUCUAUCCCCCAACUGCUAUCCCCGUGAUACCCGCCGUGUGCAGUCCAGAGACAAGACAUCCCCAGACACACCACAACAUCGCUCUCGACGUAACGCUUUUAUCUUUGCUGGCCAACGAAAAAAAGAUCGCUGUUGUUAUCCAACUGCCACGCAACCGGCCCCUUCUUAAUCGCUGUUACCUAGCCCUUCACAUUCCUCAUCAGCCAUGGCCGACCGUGAACAACCCUACGAUCCUUAUAUCCCUUCCGGAUCAAACCAACCGCCAGGAAACAGUGCAAAUGGUGGAAAUCAGAGAACAGCAGCGCUCCAAGCGCAAAUCGAUGAUACCGUCGGCGUAAUGCGCGAAAACAUCAAUAAAGUCUCGCAGCGCGGCGAAAAUCUCGAUUCGUUGCAAGACAAGACCGAUAACUUGGCUGUUUCCGCCCAGGGAUUCCGUCGCGGCGCCAACAGAGUGAGAAAGCAGAUGUGGUGGAAGGACUUCAAGAUGCGCAUAUGCAUAAUUGUCGGCAUCAUUAUUCUGCUUGUUAUUAUUAUUGUGCCUUCUGUUGUAUUGAAUAAGUAAUUUGGGCCGGCGGUCGCAUUCUUACGCAUGCUCGCUCAAGCACGGAUCUUAGUCCGUUCCCUAACUGUACUCCCUCUGACGUCGGUAGCGAAGUGGCUGGUUUUCACGGAUUGCGUUCCUUCGGGUCGAUGAAUUUUGUGUCCGAUGGUUUUUGAUACUCCUUGUUCUGUCUUGUUAUUCCUGUCAUGUCCUUGUCCUGGCGCAAGUUGCUUUUUAAUUUUUCUUGUUUCCCUUUUUGUUCUUGGUCAUUUAUGCUGUUCGUUUUCCCUUGCGUUUUACCCUUCCCCUUGAUACAUGCGCGAGCUUUUUGGCCAGAUCCCGUGAAAAAAACAAACGUUAAAACGAACUGGGUGGCCUAGGGGUAGACGCAAUGGAAUUGUAUAUGAUACUGGCGAUUUUAAGUUGUUGUUCCCUUCCCGCUCUCAUUCUUGUGUGUCAUUCCUUGCUGCUAGAAGCUAUACUAAUGAAAUGUGAAAAAGCCCCACAAUCAAGCAUACAAGUGAACUGUAAGGCCACUCAAUGGUUGAACCAGCGGUGAGGGAUAGCAGACGCUGCAAGGCUGGGUGGAGAGUCAAAAUGUACCCCCUUGCAGAAUCCUGGGUUUAAUUGUAAUACAUGAAAUUUGAAGAUCCAAAUCUAGACUAGACACGGCAAUAGGAGACGUUCUGGAAUCAUAGCGCUAUAAAAAAGUCAAUGGCUCCACACAGGUCUUGCAAUCUUAUCAAUCAAUCUCCGUCAUUUUUGCCC